UGCGGGAUUCCUUCCCCCGAGUCCUGCCCGGGCCCCAGGCGCCUCAGCACACGGGUGCGGCCCCUCAGACGGGCCCGGCGGCCGGCCAUGGCGGCGACACGCGGGGAGCGCGGCCGGGCGCGCUUCGUCUACGUGACCGGCUUCGGCUCGCACCGCUGCGGCGGCGUCCUGCCUCGGGGCGCCCGGGGACGGCGGGGGCGGGCGGCGGGGGACGGCGAGCAGCCGCCCGACCCCAGGAAGCCGGCGGAGCCCUCGGAGGGGCCGGCGUGCAGCUCCAGCGGCGGCCUCGGGGCGGCGCCAGCAGAUUUAACCAAGGAGACUUUAGCUAGAAAAUUUGACUUUCCGAUGCCUCUGAACGAAGCUUCCAAAGUAAUGAAGAAGAAGAAAAAGGUCUUAGCCUGGGACAGUGUCUCCAAAGUCAUUUCUAGAAUGCUUGAAGAAAAUGAAAAAUACAGGCUCAGGCUGAAAGAUCAGCAGUCGUCGAGUGAAAACUCAAAUUACAGGAGUUGAAUCUUCUUAUCAUCUUCUGGAUUAACCUGUCUGUGGAUCUGCUUGCCAAAGAAGAUGGUGAAGAGUUUAAAGACGGGUCUUCAAAUCACAAUUUUUUGUUAAUUUGGUUCUGCCUUGUUGGAAUUGGGGACUUCAGUUGUUGAAUAGCAAAAGUACCUUCGUUAUUUCAUUGCAAUUCAGUAAGAAUUGCAGCUAAAUAUUCAGAAAUCAGACUUUAUCACCUUUUACACUUAACACAGAAAUGUCAUGUCGGUCUGCAUAUCACACUGCGGCACACGUGUAAAAAUAAAACUUUUCCCUUUUAUUAGCGA